CUAGUGGUUUUCCUCCUCAUACUUCUGUGAUGCAUCCUUUUACAAGAGAAGAGUGGAAUGUGGACACCAACAAAUGCUCUGGAUCAACUGGGACAGCAGAAACCACAGGGAACUUGGGGUCCCAUAGAACAACCCGGGAAAGGAUUCCAGGGCAACAGACGCCUGGAGCUUGUCGAUCACCAUCUAUAAUUGUGGUCCAUUCCACCCCUUCAGGAGAGAAAAUCCAGCGUGAGAGUUUUCUGAUAAAGACUGAUCCAGGCCGGUCGCCACUAAACGAAACCAUACCAGGGACUUUUCCAGAGCAUGCAGCAACCAAGAAACACCACAAAAGUGCAACGGAUAUUUCCUGUCCCGUUUGCACUUCUGAUGUCACAGCUGGAGAGCAAAAUCUUUGGCAUCGCUGUUCACUUAAAGAGACCAACCAGGUUUCACCAUUCCGUCGCCAUGCCCUCAGCGUCCCCAACAUGGGCUCCUUAAGCCCCUUUCAUUUUAGUAACAACAGUCCUAUCCACAGCACACACCUUUCACCAGCCCACAGCAACAUAUCAAGCCCUGGCAGAGAUGUGGAAAAGCUGGCCAAGGCUCGGAGCAAACUCCUAGAGAGUGAAAGCAACCAAACUCCCAGACUUCCCCCAGAAAUCAGAGAGCAACUUCGCUAUGUGUCCAAGGACGGGAAGUGUCGUGUUAACCUGUGCCACAUUGAUGAGAGGGGCCGUUUCUUGUCUGAUAUCUUCACCUCAUUUGUAGACCUCCAGUACCGCUGGUUUUUGUUUGUUUUCAUGAUGUGCUACAUCACCACAUGGUUCCUCUUUGCUGGGCUCUACUAUGUCAAUGCAUAUUUCCGAGGUGACCUAGGACAUACACAAACUUUUGGCACCCCUGAGAACCACCUCCUAGAUCAAAAGCACUGUUAUUUAGGCAUAGACAGUUUCAUUUCAGCUCUGCUGUUCUCUGUGGAGACGCAGCGCACGAUUGGUUAUGGGUCACGCACUGUGUCUCCUGCCUGCCAUGAGGGCGUGCUGCUGGUUAUGAUGCAGUGCAUUGUUGGCUCCAUGAUUGAUGCCCUCAUGGUGGGUUGCAUGUUUGUGAAAAUAUCUCGCCCAAAGAAGCGAGCCGAGACUCUUCUCUUCAGCCGCACUUGUGUCAUCUCAAACCGUGAUGAUCAGUUGUGUUUAAUGUUCCGUCUAGGAGACUUGAGAGAAAGCCACAUGGUGGAUGCAAAAGUCAGGGCCAAGUUAAUCAAGUCCCGUCAAACAGCUGAGGGAGAGUUCCUCCCACUUGAGCAGACUGAGAUUGAUCUGGGUUAUGAAUCUGGGUCUGACAGACUUUUCCUGGUGGAGCCUCAAGUCAUUAAGCACAAUAUUGAUGCAAAGAGUCCUCUGUGGGAACUGGGCCCCGAGCAGCUUAGACGGCAGCAGUUUGAGAUCAUCAUUAUCUUGGAAGGAAUUGUUGAGGCCACAGGAAUGAUGUGCCAAGCUAAAACUUCUUACAUUGAAACAGAAAUUGAGUGGGGUUCUCGCUUUGAACCUUGUAUGACACAGGAGAAAGGCUCGUUCAGAGUGGAUCUGCGUCGGUUCCACGCCACAUACAAGGUACCGCUGCCCAACUGCAGUGCCAGCCAAGCUCACCAGUUAAUGGCUGUGACAGAGUGUCGAAUCCAAGGCCACAAAGCCUGCAGAAACUGGGAAGCCUGGGUAGAAGGACUCUCCACGGAGGAGAAAGAGAAGUCUCCAUCUCAAAAACUGUUCACUAUUGGCGACAUUCAGAAGGAAAGAAUCUUGGAAGGUAAUGAAAAUGAAGCAAAUGGAGAGAAGAACAUGACAUAA